AUGGUACGCGACCACCUCCAUGAGACUCCUAACGUUUCCCUUAGGCUACGGUUAAUCUCACAGAGAGAUCGUGACGGAAGGACAUACAACUUACCUACGUGUUCUGAAGUUGCUGCUUUAAUAGUUGAUGAACCUGAUCUUAAGAUAGAAAGUCGUGAUAUUAUUGUUGAAAAGCGUUCAGGAGUCCUUAAGCGUAUUAGCGAGUUACAUCCUUCUUACCUUGCUCUCCAGUAUCCGAUUCUUUUUCCGUACGGAGACGAUGGCUAUAGGAUUAAUAUUCCUCAUAGGGAAUUUGGUCCUAACACAAAGAAGACAAGACCAACUUGCACUAUGAGGGAGUUUUUUUCUUAUAGAAUUCAGGAUAGACAUAACAAGUUUUCUCUAAUUCUUAAUGCAAGAAGGUUGUUUCAGCAGUUUUUAGUCGAUGCCUACACAAUGAUUGAAAGUGAGAGGCUCAACUUCAUACGUUUUCAGCAAAUCAAACUGAGAUCUGACUCGCUUAACAGUCUUAAAAAUGUUCAAAGAGUUGUUUACACAGUUGAGUUUCAAAAGCGUGGUUUGCCACAUGCGCAUAUUUGCUUAUUUAUGAAAGCUGAUCAUAAGCUUCCUACGGUUGAACACAUUGAUCCAUUUAUCUCAGCUGAGAUUCCUGAUAAAAACGAGGAUCCUGAAUUGUAUUCUCUUGUGAGUGACUUUAUGAUGCAUGGUCCUUGCGGACAUGCCAACAAAAAAUGUCCAUGCAUGGUUGGCAACCGUUGUUCUAAGAAUUUUCCAAAGAAGUUUUUGGAAUCCACUUCCAUUGAUUCUGAUGGAUUUCCCGUUUAUAGGAGAAGAGAUUCUGGUCACAUGGUUGUGAAGAAGGGUGUUACUUUGGACAAUAGGAGUGUAGUUCCAUACAACAAAAAGCUUCUUAAAAGGUAUCAGGCGCACAUCAACGUGGAGUGGUGCAAUCAGGCGGGUUCAAUUAAGUAUUUGUUUAAAUAUAUUAAUAAAGGACCUGAUCGAGCCACUGUUGCUGUUUUUGAUUCAGACAGAGGUCCAGAUGAGGAGAUCCCAAAAGAUGAAAUUAAAGAAUAUUACGAAGCUAGAUAUGUUUCCGCAUGUGAAGCAAGCUGGAGAAUAUUUGCCAAUGAUGUUCAUUAUCGGUAUCCUUCUGUCAUGAGAUUACCUUUUCAUCUUCCAGGACAACAAAAUGUUGUAUUUAGUUGUGACGACGAUAUUGAGGAUGUCUUACACAAACCUCAAGUAAAUUCAUCUAUUUUCUUAGAAUGGAUGAAGAUGAACAAUUCUAAGCCUGAAGCAAGAGAACUUACUUAUGUUCAGUUUCCUUCAAAAUAUGUGUGGAAGUUAAAAGAUCGUUGCUGGCAGCCACGUCAAAAUUAUGUUGUUAUUGGGAGAAUAUAUUCUGCGUCUCCUUCUCUUGGUGAGGCUUAUUAUCUAAGAAUUCUUCUUACCAAGGUUAAAGGACCAAGAUCAUUUGAAGAAAUCAGAACAUAUGAAGGUGUUGUUUAUCCUACUUUUAGGGAUGCGUGUUAUGCACGUGGCCUGUUAGAUGAUGACAAUGAAUAUAUCGAGUGUAUUAAAGAAUCCAGUUUCACUGGGAACGGUCAUUAUCUUCGUUCUUUGUUUGGAACACUACUUUUGUCUAAUACGCUUUCAAGACCUGAAUUUGUUUGGGAGAAAACGUGGGAGCUAAUGUCUGAGGACAUUUUAUACAAUAUGCGUAAAGAUACUGGCAUGAGCGGAUUCGUUGUAUCAGAUGAACGUUUAAAGAAUAUAACAUUGACCAGAAUCGAAAAAUUUCUUCUUCGUAAUGGAUCCAGCUUGCACAGGUUCUCAACGAUGCCUUAUCCUGAUGAUGACUAUCUAAUGACCGAGAGCAACCGUUUGAUAAAUGAGGAGCUUUCUUUUGACACUGAUGAACUUAGGGGUGAGUUCAAUAAUCUUCACAGCUCUCUAAACGAAGAUCAAAGAGCAGUUUAUAAUGAAAUUAUGAAUGCUGUUCGAAGUGGAAAGGGUGGUGUGUUUUUUGUGUACGGUUAUGGUGGUACGGGCAAGACUUUUUUGUGGAAAACUUUAGGUGCAUCCAUUAGAUCCACUGGACAUAUCGUUAUUAAUGUUGCUUCAAGUGGUAUUGCAUCUUUGUUGCUAUCACGAGGUCGUACUGCUCACUCACGAUUUCAUAUUCCUAUUAAUCUCAAUGAAGAUUCGGUCUGCCAUAUCAAGCCUAAUACUGAAGUCGCUAAUCUUCUAAACCAAGCCAAGUUAAUUAUUUGGGACGAGGCACCGAUGGUACACAAACAUGCUUUUGAGGCUCUUGAUCGUACAAUGAAGGAUGUUUUGAGUGUAUUUGAUUCACGAAAUUCAGAACUUCCAUUUGGUGGAAAAGCUAUUGUCUUUGGUGGUGACUUUAGACAAAUCCUACCUGUUGUACAAAAUGGAAGCAGGCAAGAUAUUGUAAACGCAUCUUUAUGUUCAUCCCACAUCUGGUCCCAUUGCAAGGAGAUUAAUGAUCCGUUACAUCAAGAUUUAUAUAAUCCAGAUGUGUUAAACAGUGUGAAAGUUUCUGGAUUACCAAAUCAUAGAUUGGUAUUGAAAUUGGGUAUUCCGGUACUGCUUUUGAGGAAUAUUGACCAGCAAAACGGUUUGUGCAAUGGUACGCGUCUUCAAAUCACACGUCUUGGUAAACGGGUUAUCGAGGCUGAGAUAUUAUCGGGAAGUAAUGUUGGUUCAAGAACUUACAUCCCAAGAAUUAGCAUGAUACCAUCUGACAAAAAAAUACCCUUCAAGUUUCAACGAAGGCAGUUUCCAAUAACCGUAUGUUUUGCGAUGACUAUUAACAAAAGUCAGGGACAAUCUCUAUCCAGAGUUGGUCUAUACCUUAGAGACCCCGUGUUCUCACAUGGUCAGCUUUAUGUUGCUUUGUCGAGAGUAAAGACUAAGGAUGGCGUUAAGGUUCUAAUAUUCGACAAAGAUGGGAGACCAACAAACAAAACUGCAAACGUGGUUUACAAAGAAAUUUUUGGGAAAUUGUAG